AAAAGCCCGCACCCCAGUCCCCCGUCGUCUUCCCCACCGUUUCCAACGCCGGAACCCUAGCUCCACCACCCCGAGCCCCGCUCCCAUGGACACCAGCGGCGGGGCCGUCCUCCAGUCGCCGGCGACGGAGGAGGAGACGAUGGCGCGGAAGCGCUCCCGCCGCGUGAGCUUCGCGGACACCACUGCCGUGCACGUGUUCGACCGCGACGAGGACUUCGAGACGCCCCCGGACGAGCGCCCCGCCUCCCCGUCCCCAUCUCCCGGGAGGCCCCUCGCGGGCGACGCGGCGGAGGGCGACGAGACGGAGGGAGAGGACGAGUCACCCUUCGGUUGGCUCGGGGAUGUGGGUGCCAGUUCCGCCUCCCCCGGCAGCGCUGCCGGGUCCAUGUCCUCGUUCGAAGGAGAUGACAACUUCUUUGGGGUCGUGUCAGCAAGUUUUAUUCAAUCUGGGAGACCAUCAGAUUCUGGAAUGUCGGAGGACAAUGGCCAUGAUUUAACUUUAGAUUCCCACACGUUUUCUUUGCAUUUCAACAAUGUUAUUCCUCCAGAUGAUUGUUCACUCCACUCAGCUGGAAGUCUAAGGACACUCGGUUCGGAAUCUGCAACACCGCUAAAGGCGCUGAAGGGAUCAGAGUCUGUAAAAUCAAGUGGUGGCCGGGAUGCGUUGACCGACAUGAGUCUGUGUGCAGAAAACCCUAAACGUUAUGAUUAUACUAACUUGUCACCCACAUUGAACAAUUUACUGCAAGAGGUUCAGGAACCAACGUCUCCUAAAGAUGAAACGAACUUCAUAACUUCCAAGCAUGCUUUGACACUGCCUGCAUCUGAGAAAGAACACAGGCGAGAAAAAUCAUAUAUUGGCAAUGGUGUGUCUUCUGAUGAGCUGGGCUCCGUUAGUUCUCUUGAGGAGCACAUUACUAGUAGCUCUGAUCCGACCGAAGAAGACAAUGCAAUGGUAGUUGAUAUUCAUGAUAAAUCUCAGAUCAGUUUGCAGGAGAACUGCAGUGAUGAUCAUAUAACCGUUCAUCCUGAUGUCAAUAGAACUGUAAAAACUGCUUCGUUGCUCUCUCCACCUCCACCUUAUGGGUCCUUCAUGAGUAAUAUUGACUUGCAACCUCCUGUAUUGGAUCAAUCAUUGUCAAAAGAUGAAGCACAUGGAGCAAAUCAAAUUGCAAGUGCAGUUCCUACCUUUUCAACGAGGGAUGCUGAGCAGUUGCACCAGCAAAGUGAAAUCUUGAAUUCGGAAACUGUUUUACAUACUCCUAAAACACUAGUUCAGCCGUUGCAAAUUACGCAAGGUUCUGUAUCUUCCCUACGCUCCAAAAGGCAGCAAAUCUUCAGUCCUAUUGUUCAUUCCACUGGUAAUGCGGUAAGCCAUGAGGCAUCUUCUUUGGGGAGUGAGUUUAUGAAACAUGGUAAGAGAAUUUCAGAUCUCGAUCAUGUACUAAAGUUCAAGCUUCAUGAAUCACCUGUAGCUCAUAAUUGUCGAUUACCGUUAGUUGAGAGAAAUGAGCUUGUUCAGAAACCACAUAACACAUUCAGCAAAGCUGAAGAUCAUGGCUGCACCGUGUCAGCUUCUUAUUCUGAAACACCACAACAGCCAGAGAAAACCGGUCAGGCUUCUAUUCUAGGUGCUCCUCCAAGGCAGGAGCUGAGUGAGGCCACUGAGGUUCAGGAUACUCUGUGCGAUGUCCCUGCUUUGGGUAGCCUAGCAAAUCAUGAAUGCAAUUCUCAUAUGGAUGUGGAUGGCACUGGAAGAAAAAGGAGCUCUGAAGAAAAUGUCUGUGCUGAACAUUCAUUGCCUGAGAAAAGAGCAAAGGGACCUAGAAGCCCAGUAACAUCACGAAAACAACUUCCUUGUGUAUCAUUGUCUUCUCGUAUGGCAGAAGAAAGUCAGAGUGAGGCUCAUGAUAGUGCACAAUCAUUAAGUGAUGAUUGGAACAAGGUAGUAUUCAGCGUAUCUGAUUCCAUGAAGCAAAUGCAUAUACGCCCAGAAUCUAUUAGUAAGCUUAACCUACAACAGCUUGAUAUGUUAGGAGAUAUGCUGGGGAAGGUUCAUGUGGCUAGAACAUAUAAGAGGCUUCCUGCUGCUGUGAGGAUGCAAGAUCCCAGACUAGCUGAGGCAAUGACUCUCCAUGGCAAGCUUUCAUAUGAAAAGGCAAAACUGCAAAUAAAUCGUGUUAAACUUGAUAAACUGCGAAACAAAGCACAACUAUGUCAAGUUGGAAUUCAAGAAUGCCGCUAUUUGAAAUCCAAGAUUUCACAGCUUCGUCGUCCUACAAUGGGUGCUGCACAGAUGAAGGGAGGUCCUCUUUAUACAGAAACUUUGAUUAAUACCUGUGACAGACUGGAAGGAAAUGCUAGGAUAACUGAAAAGAAGCUUGCACUCAGCAUGAUUCAACAGAAGGUGGAGAACCUCAAGAUUUCGCUUGAACAUUUUUGCAACAUUAAAGGUGAUAUUAGUGAAGUCCUCAGGGUUGCUGAAGAGCAAUUGAAGAUGAGAAAUCAGUGUCGUAUCAUCAACCAGCAAGCAUCGCUCUGGGAGUUGAAAGACAUUGUUAAAAGGGAAAAUAAGCGUGAUGUCAUUCUCAACUAUCGCAAUUUGCUCUUACAAAGGAUCAUCUUAAACCUUAGUGAUAUGUCAACCUUAUUUGUGAGUAACUCACUGAUGGGAACCAAAAUAGAAAAGGCAUUUCCAAAUUUGAAAGCAACUGUGGCAUUCAGUUUCCUUUUCAAAGCUGAGGAGAAUCAAAGACUCAGUGACUUACGAUCCUUGCAGAAGAAGACAAUGGAAACAAGUUUGCUUCUCGGUAAUCUUAUUGAUGUCCUAGAAGAAAUCGAGGAUGCUAAAGGGGAAUUAUUGAGUCUGAUCUCUGCAGAUUUUAGUGUGGACUCCCAGACAGGGCAACUCAUCUUCAGUCUGCGCUUCAUCGGUUACGAGAGCGCCAAGAGGGUUGCUUUCACCAUUGACAUGACAGACCUGAGCCGCGCGGUGUACCCUUCUGAGCCAUCGGAGCUGCCGAUCAAGGUGUGGCAAGCUCAGACAACACUGUCGCAGCCAAACCUGGACAAGCUGAUGGCCUCCAUAAGGGACGACCUUCAGCCGGGGCGUGUGAUGAUCCUCAGGCUAUGCCGGAUGGUGUCCCAGCUGGUUAACACAUUGCCUGUCAGGCCGCCAAGUGCAAGCUGUGCAGGAGAUCUGAUCAUCUGAUGGGAUACCACCACCUUCUGUAAAUGCCGCUCUCGGAGCUGACCCUCUUCCUGAACGAUCUUGAGUAGGUAUUGUGCUGCAAAUGGAGUAGCCCAGUGUGCUCCUAAUCCUCCUGGUUGUGCGAGCAUCUUGUAUGGAGUAGGAGUUUCUUUGCAUGCUGAACGAAUGGCACCUGACGCGCUGCCAAGUGAAGCUGCCGUGGUUGAUAUAAUUUCCGUGAAUCUCGGUCAUAGAAAUACAAGCAACUAGCCAGAAAUUACGGUCUGAAAAGUGUGUGAGUUUGCACAAUAUUGGUGCAUUUUGUAUCUACAAGUGAGGAGUAGAUUGGUUAUGGAAAUGGUUAGAGGUGCAUUUUUUUUGAAA